CUCUUGAGUCAGCUGAUCACUGUUGUGUUUGGGUUUUCGUUCGCGAUUCGUAAGCUGUCUCAGUAUCCGUCAAUAUGGGAAAGAGCGUUUUUGUCGCAAAUUAAAGUUAAAUAACGAAGUGUUUUUCGGGUCUCACAUUGCCACUCGUCAGAUCUGAUUAUUUCAAAUAACUAUUUGCAGUUCGCGAUAGCUUCCAGUUAUUGUUAUUCAUCUGUGAUACACUUUCGUCCGAGCCUUUUGUUGUCAAUUUAUCAGCUCCAAGAACCUGUACAAGCGCCAAGGUCGCUACGGAGUUCGUACGCAAUACAAAGCAGUUUUCGAUUUAUUUUGAAUUUUAUAAACUUUAGAUGCUCAAGUGCAAACAUUAAAUUUAAAACAGACCAAUGAACGUGACAAAUUACAGGACUGAUGCCAAUAAUGUCGUUAAUUUCGUUAAUUUUAAUCAGGAUUGCACGUCAUUAGCUGUGGGCACAAAAACAGGGUACAAACUUUUCUCUCUCAACUCUGUGGACACCUUAGAACAAAUUUAUGAAAAUGACACAGGAGACACAUGCAUCAUUGAAAGACUUUUCAGCAGCAGCCUUGUUGCAUUGGUUAGUUUGUCAGCUCCCAGGAAGUUGAGAGUCUGUCAUUUCAAAAAAGGCACAGAAAUAUGUUACUACAGUUACUCCAAUACUAUCCUUGCAAUCAAAUUAAAUCGAGCAAGAUUAGUAGUUUGUCUAGAAGAAUCUCUUUACAUUCACAAUAUUCGUGACAUGAAAGUGCUUCACACAAUUCGAGACACGCCUCCAAACCCUACUGGUUUAUGCACGCUGUCAAUUAAUUCGGACAAUUGUUAUCUGGCAUACCCUGGAUCUAAUACGAUAGGGGAAGUUCAAAUAUUCGAUGCAUUUAAUUUGCAUGCAAAAACGAUGAUUCCUGCUCAUGACAGCCCUCUUGCUGCAUUGUCGUUCAACCCCAGUGGAACUCGGAUUGCUACUGCCAGUGAAAAAGGAACUGUAAUUAGAGUCUUCAGUAUUGUGGAUAGUGUCAAGUUGUAUGAAUUUCGACGUGGGGUCAAGCGGUGUGUUAGUAUAUCAAGUCUAGGAUUCUCGACAGAUUCAUCUUUUCUUUGUUGUUCAAGUAAUACGGAAACUGUUCAUGUUUUCCGACUUGACGAACCAAAAGAAUCCAUGAUGCACGCUCCCAUAGAUGAUAAUCAAAGUUGGAUGGGAUAUAUAUCCAAAGCUGUCAGUUUAUCUGCAACGUAUUUACCAACUCAAGUAACUGAUGUCUUCAAUCAAGGACGUGCUUUUGCCUCUGUGCAUUUGCCUUUUCAAGGCAAGAAAAAUGUGUGUGCUGUUACAAAAAUUCAGGGAGCUCUUCGAUUGCUGGUGGCUUCAUCGGACGGCUAUUUGUAUGUAUAUAAUUUGGACACAGGAGAAAGCGGGGAUUGUACACUGGUGAAACAGCAUCGAUUGGACGGUUACUUGGAACAUGUAGAUUCACCAAUCUCAGUGAAUAAGGAUUCAAAAAAACCAGCAUCACCCAAAUCAAUCAACAAUGAUCAGAAAUCUAAAGGUACAACCGGGAUCAGUAGCUAUGCUGGCAUCGUCAAAGGCAACUCCCCCGGCAUCAUGUCAGAAUCGGAGAAAUUUCAAGAAAUCGUAGCAGCAGUCGAAACGCCACCCAAAGAUGGUUUCAAGCUGGACGAUGACAAAGAAUUCCCGCCAGUCUUCUCUUAAAUACUGGAGCUGCCCACCUGCUACUAAACUAUGAAACCCAGCGUAAAACGCUGAAGCCCUCUACGCCCUCAUCUGUAGUAUGUAUCAGUGUCAUUCAGGCCAAAAAAACAUCUCUACCAGGAAUUUAUUCCUGUAUAAGUGUACGUAAUGUUUUAUCAAAAAUAGAUUAAAACAAUGAAAUCGUGAAAAUUGCGACUCCUGAAAAAUAAGGGAUAUAUUCACUGUAAUGGCUUUUCAAUGCUCCUAAAAGAAAAAGACAAAAGGAAACUUCAAAACAGCAUGGUAAUUUAAUUUCUUCUGUAACUGCUUUUUUCAUUACCUACCUUCCUAUUUGGUCUGUAGAAAUAUUUCUAAAAGAUUUUUUUUUGUUCAGUAAUUUAGAAGGAACCACUCAGGUGGUAAAAUUUGUUGUUGAUGCCAUGUAGGUUUCAAUCAUCUUCAAUUGAAAAAUGAAGCAAUUCUGAAGGUUUUAUGUCAGUUCAUUGAACUGUUUUAGUGUCAUUCUGACAAUUAAGAGCCUCAAAUAUGGACCAGUGUUUAGUCCAUCGUCAUCUUAUUACAUAUUUAUACUAAUGGAGCCUGUUUCAGAAUAGCCUUCCCUUUUUAGUGUAUUAAUGUAAAUCAUGAACAGAUGCUCAAAAAGGAAAUACUUUACUGAAACAGGUUCUAUAAUGUAUCGAAGCUUUGUUAAAUUACUACUUCAUUAGGAACAGAAUCAAAUUUGUCACAUAAAAUGUAAUUUUGUCAAGAAAUAUGAUUAGUGCUGCAACAAGAUCUGUUCUGGAUUAUAUUAUGGCUUUUUUUUGUGCAUGAAGGUUUUGAAACACUGCGAUUCUUUUUUUGUUUUAUUCUGGAAGCUGCUCCUCUAAUUUAUUACCAUGAUUCUUUAUAGACUUUGAUGUUGAGGUUCCGCAGGUAGCUUUUUAGAAAGUAUCUUAGUCGCAUUAUGCUUUCCAAACUGUGAUUACAUUAAUUCACAUCUCAGAUUCUUUCAGAGCAUCAAGCGAUAAUCCUUGAACUUAAUUACAAUACGUUCUCUGAGAUCGUAUGAUUUAUUCAAUCAUCUGAUCAUUUGAUAUCAUUUUUCAUGCCAUGUACCAUGUAGGUUGGGGCCAUAUUCAUGAUAAGUGCCGCGUUUCCUCUAGGAAUUUUUUUCUAAAUAACUGUAGCCUAUUAUGUCAUGUGCGCAUAGUUUUUGCCAAUCCUGUACUCUAGAUUGGUUUAUUCGCUUCUAGAUUGAACUUAAUUUCUCUGUUCUGGGAUAAUCAGUCCUAAAUUUAAUGUAAGAUGAUGCCCAUGGUACUUUAAAUUAAUUCUGUCAGUAGAAGAAAAAGAAGAAUUAAAUUAGGAUAUUCAGGAACUGAUGCUGUCAGAGGUACAACUAAGUAGCUGAUUGAAUGUUCGACCAUUGUUUCAGAGAGUAUUUGCCAUUUAUAGGUAUUUGCCCUGAUAUAUUGAAAUUUUGCCCCUUCUAAGCAAACUUUUCCACCUGAAAAGUUGGCCGGAAAUGCGCCCCUUUCAGCAUUGGUGGUAAGAUAAAAAGGUUUGUCAAGUCUACAGAAGUGCUAUAGAUGUUAUCAAUUCUUCAAUCAUAAAAACCUGAAAAGGAAAGGUAUAAAAAAAAAAACAUGUAUUUAUUUUUAGUGUAGUGUAUUUGAAAAAAAAAAAAAACAACAGAAAAACAAACAAACAAACAAAAAAUCAAGUAGUUUUAAAGUGGUCUCAUAUCAGAUGAGCAACACCUGAGAGCAACAAGCUCAGAAGGAAAAGUGAACCUCUGAAGCAACUGCUCAUAGUGCAAAGUAAUCAUACAAAAUUGUAGAUAGCAACGAUUCAAAAUCUUGAUUACUCGAUGGCAAUCAUAGAAGUAAUUUUACUCUUAAGUUUUCAUCUUUCAACUCCUUUUUCAAAUAUUUUUGUGGAAGUCCCUUCCAUAAUUGUUGUAAUAUCUUUCCAUUCAGUCAGUUCUCUCUUUUCUAAGAUCUCAUGGUUUUUCUUUUUUUACCUCUUAUCCGAUGCUGCUCUUGGUAUUAUUUAUGGAGGUCAGAUCUUCCCACUUAUAAAUAAAAUCAAAAUUUGUUUUCAUCAUGGAUGAAGUAUAGAAUGCUAUAGUCCUUGUGAACGCAACACUUUGGGGGGGGGGGGGGGGGGGCGAGUAACAAAAAAUUGAAAAAUUUUCAAUCUUUGAAUUUCAGGAGAACAGCAAAUGAGUUUUAAGAUUGAGUUUUCUCGUUUUAUUCUCAAGAGGCUGUUAUUUUACAUCAGUUGUUCAAACAGUCUUAAAAUGUUAUUUUUUAGUCAAAGAAAAUGGUAUAAUUGUUUUCCAGCCAAAAGAUAAUUUUAUUUACCACUUUUUUUUCUUUUUCACCUCUACUGGAGGUGAAAAGAAAAGCUUUUAUGAAGCCACCGCCGCUUAUAUACUUCAUCACAUUUUAAAGGAGUCAUUCAGAAAGGGGCAUUUUUCCACCUCUGAAUUGAUCCUUCUUCAAUGUUUUAAGGUUGACUCCCUUCUUCAAGAAGAGUUCCUUCUCAAGUUUCUGCCCUACUUUUUUUCCCUCCAAAUUUAUCUUGUACAGCAGAUAAUUUACAUUUUGUUCAUUGAAUCUACUUUCAGUUUUGACAAACAGUCAUCAUGAACCCCUUUUCAACCUUGUUGGCCACAGGUAGACUUUGUUCGUAAAUUUGCUGGUCCUAUGCUUAAAAUGAUCAUUUUCGCUCAGCAAUGUCUUAUUGACCAUUCAGAGGCAAACAAAUUCUGCCUCUACUCACCCUUUUCAGCUCUGUUUUAAAAAUAAAUCAAAUCGAUAUCAUACAAAGAAAAAAAUGAGUAACUUAUGGAUUGACUUUCCAAACGUCGCCCAAAAAAUAAUGCAGAUCUUCCCUAAGCCGUGCCUAUUCUUUGCCAAUCACAAUUUAAUUAUUCAAGUCAAUCAAAACAUGCUGUACAUUUUUGGAAUUGCUACAUUUUCAGUUAAGUUAAUAUCCAAGUCUCAUUAAGAGGUACUAAUGAACUCAAAGAGAAUCAAGUUUUUAAAACAAAAUAAAUUCAUGUUGAGAUUAUUCUCAUCAGUGGAUCAGAGAACAAUGUAAUUAACACUCCAAAACAUCUUUAACUCUGUACAUCGAGUGUAAAUUUUGCAUGACAUGUAGAUGAGGUUUGUCCAUGUAUUUUUUCUCUCUUCUCUCUUCCAUGAAAGUUUUCCUCCUCUCAGUAUAUCUCGUGUUUCUCUUUCAAUUUUAGUCUCUUACUUAAGUAAAUUUGGAUGAUAUCUUUUUGUGCUAAGCUUAAGGUAACUUUAAGUGAUAUUAACGUUAAUUUUGUAAAUAUUGAUCGUGUAUGCAAGUGUAAUAAAAAACAAAAAAAGCAUAAAAGAAAUUGUCUAAAAUGAAAAAAAAAUCUUUUGAAAUUAUGAAUAAAGUUCAUAGAGUGUUACAUUCUUGUAA